GGCGGUAUCUGGUUUUCCCCUCUCGCAGUAAUAAGCAGAGUACCUCGGUGUCUCCCUUGUUUCCACCCACAAGGGACUCUGCGGCCGCUCCGCCUCCUCUCUCUCGUUGGUAUAAAGAGAGUCAGAAUCGCUCCCUUAGCUCGCAUUAGGGUUAACAUGGCCGUUUAGACCAUUCUGAAUUGGCAAUAAAGACAACAGCAACAGUUCCGGGACGUGGUUCAAUCUCACGAUCAACCAGGGGACAAGCACGUUUCUGCCGGAGAAACCACCUCACGAUCGGGCCAGCUUCUGACUUAGUGGCCAUAGCGGCACAUCCCGGAUUUGGGCCUCUUUUCAUGUUCACAGCAGACAGAACAAGUUUCAUUAUUCCCUGGAAGUCUCCAAACAUAUCCUUUUUUAAAACACUUUACAUAAUUUUAGCGACGUGGAUGUCAUUGGCAUUUAUUUUUGCCCAACUUUAAUUGUCCUUUGAGGUGAUGGAGUUGACCAUCCCUGUCUACCAAACUGGACACUUAACUAUGGAAUGCAUUCACCUGCUGAUAACCCUAAGCCUAAGAAACUGUGUUAUCACUACCCAGAGAAGUAUUAGUUAGCAGUACAAUAUCUCCCAAGCACUUUUACAGAAGAAAACUACAGUUUACAGAAGCUUGGCCUAGGGUUGUGAGUGUUCUGUAUGUGAUUCUUCCAAUUCACAUUUGUGCACAUAUUUGAAACCGAAAAAAUCAAGAUGGUGCUGGAUGAAUACAUGUGGAUGGUGAUAGUUGGCUUCAUAAUAGCCUUUAUUCUCGCUUUCUCUGUGGGUGCAAAUGAUGUGGCUAAUUCUUUUGGUACUGCUGUGGGCUCUGGUGUUGUGACACUGCGCCAAGCCUGCAUCCUGGCUUCCAUUUUUGAAACAACUGGGUCUGUACUGCUUGGAGCAAAGGUCGGAGAAACUAUCCGGAAGGGAAUCAUCGAUGUCAACAUGUAUAACGGAACUGAGAAAUACCUCAUGGCUGGUCAAGUCAGUGCAAUGACUGGUUCUGCAAUCUGGCAACUCAUUGCUUCAUUUUUGAAGCUUCCGAUAUCAGGCACACAUUGCAUUGUCGGAGCCACCAUUGGUUUCUCGCUUGUUUCAGUUGGUGCUCGGAGUGUCCGAUGGGUCCAGCUCAUCAAGAUUGUUGCCUCCUGGUUCAUUUCCCCGCUUCUAUCAGGGAUAAUGUCUGGAGUGCUCUUUAUCCUAAUUCGAUUCUUCAUCUUGAAAAAGGAAGAUCCUGUGCCGAAUGGCCUACGUGCACUCCCGCUGUUUUAUGCUGCUACUGUAGGGAUAAAUACCUUCUCAAUCUUGUACACUGGAGCACCAUUGCUGGGAUUGGGCAUGUUCCCCGUCUGGGCAACGGUGCUAAUCAGCCUUGGUGGAGCGCUGCUGGCUGCACUCGUGGUGUGGCUGUUGGUAUGCCCCUGGAUGAAGAGGAAAAUUGAAAGUAAACUAAAGGUUAAGGUGCUGUCUAAACUUUCAAAUGAGAGUCUUGAUAAAAGCCAAGAUGAAGAAACACCAGUAUUUAAAGAGCUGCCUGGUGCAAAGGCAGCAGACGAGUCCAUGCUACCUCUCACUGGUGGAGUCAGUGAGGCAUGUGCUGGUGCCUCAGAGAGCCAUGUUAUCGCUGCAACGACAGGAGUUUCAAAUGGUAGAGCUGCAUCCCUUACGAAUGGCACCUUAAAAUCUCCUUUUUCAAAUGGUACAUUUAAUUUUGAAGGGCACUCGAGAAGUGACGGUCAUGUGUACCACACAGUGCACAAAGACUCUGGACUAUACAAAGAUCUCCUACACCGGAUGCAUUUGGAUAAGAUCACUGAUGAUCGGACACAACCGGAGAGCUCUUCCUACAGACUUCUCCGCCGCAACAACAGCUAUACCUGCUACACUGCCGCUAUCUGCGGCAUGCCGGUCCAGCCAGCCUUCAAGUCCUCAGAUUUUCUGGGGGUGGAAGACAAUGAAAAGCUGGUCGAUGAUGUGGCCUCCUACUCCAAGAAACGGCUUCGUUAUGACAGCUAUUCCAGCUACUGCAAUGCAGUAGCUGAAGCAGAGAUUGAGGCAGAGGAAGGAGAAGUGGAAUUGAAGCUGGCAAGUGAGCUGAGUGAUCCCCUGCCGCCACCAGAGAAUGCUGCGGAUGAAGACAGGGAGGAGAAGGAAAAGCCCCAAGUCCAUUUGCUCUUUCACUUUCUCCAGAUCCUUACCGCUUGCUUUGGUUCAUUUGCACAUGGUGGUAAUGAUGUUAGCAAUGCAAUUGGCCCUCUGGUUGCUCUUUGGCUGAUCUACCAAGAAGGAGGUGUGGUGCAGAAUGCCUCCACGCCGAUCUGGUUGCUGCUAUAUGGUGGCGUGGGCAUCUGUACUGGUCUCUGGGUCUGGGGUAGGCGAGUCAUUCAGACCCUGGGCAAAGAUCUCACUCCCAUCACCCCAUCUAGCGGGUUCACUAUUGAGUUGGCUUCGGCGUUCACAGUUGUGGUUGCUUCCAAUGUUGGACUUCCUAUCAGUACCACACACUGCAAGGUUGGAUCUGUGGUGGCCGUGGGCUGGAUCCGAUCACGCAAAGCUGUGGACUGGCACUUAUUUCGUAAUAUCUUCCUGGCCUGGUUUGUGACUGUCCCAGUCUCUGGUCUCUUCAGUGCUGCUUUUAUGGCACUCUUUGUAUAUGGAAUAUUGCCAUAUGUUUAAAUUGUGUGUUUAUUAAGAAUUUUUUUUAACCAGCAGUGUGAGGUGUCUCCUCAAUUUAGCAGUCCCAACCCCUUCCGAAAAGCUGGUUUAUUCCUUUUUCUGUUUGCUGUUUGAAGAGGAAGUAAACAGCUGUAAGUUAAUUUUGUAUUUCCAUCUUAUCUGUUUUCUCAGACUGUAUAUUACACUACAUAUGCUCAUUUUGAUAAUUUGGUAGCUGGUAAUGGCAAAGCCCUAUUUCAUGGUGUACAUGUGCACCUGUAAAUAGUGCUGCCCAAAUCAUGAUGUUUGUUGAAUGGAUUGUAAUACUUGGAAGAUUUGCCCCCAUUGAUGUAAAACUGCUGUAUAUAUUGUAUUAUUAAUCACUGAAAACCUUUUUUGGACCUAAGAAUUAAAAAACAAUUCUCUGCUGUGAUUUAGUAAAAUUGUCCUUCUGAUCUGCAAUAAGGUACAAUAACCCAUAUUCUCAAUAAUUAGCCGAUAUUUUUUACAAGGCACAGGUCUCCAUGCAUACUCUGCAUGCUGCAAACAUCAUAAUUAGAAUGAGGAGAGAUUCAUUGUGAUAGGUUUCAUGGAAACUUAAUUUCAUCUUAUAAGAUUGAUAGUUGUAUUAUAUUGUAAUUUCCAUUGUAAAUACUAUCUAUAAAAAGAGAUUUGGUUUGUUUGUGUUUUUUUUUAAAAAUUAGUACACUUCACUCACACAUGUAAGACUUCAAAACACUAUUGAAUGUACCAAAGAUUCAAAAAAUAAAGACGUGUCAGUAUUUCCACUUUGGUUUAUUGAGAUUCCUAUUUAUAAUUUUGGGUUCCAUCUCUAAUUGUUUAGAAAAUCAAUAACCUUUGGUUUGCCUUGUACUAGAAGGAAAUGUUAGUUUCAUUUUGGUUUAAAAGGAAAAGGAUUCUUGUGUAUCGAAUAAAAUAUUAAACCAAUAUUAGGCAAAUUGUCUAUUAUGCACUUUGUGGUGUCAAAAAUGUAGUUGAAUAUCCGGAGUGCUAUGUACAACAAGUACAGUUUAUUUCCGCUGGGUUGGGUGGAGAUUCUUUUGUCUGGGACAUUGGUGCAAACAAUCAGGAAACCUUUAGAGACAUAAGGAACUGCCAAUGCUUGAAUCUUGAGCAAAACAUAAGGUGUUGAAGUAGUUCAAUGGGUCAGGCAGCAUCUGUGGAGGGAAUGGAUAGGCAAUAUUUCUGGUUGGGACCCAUCACACCACUAAAGAAAGGUCCCACCCAAAGCAUCACCUAGCCAUUCUCUUCACAGAUACUGCACGACCCGCUGAGUUACUCCAACAUUUUGUGAUUUGCUGAAGGAACUGAUUUGACUGGUUUCUGGUGAGUUUGCACCAAUAUUGAAUCAAGCUCUCGAACCUCGACAGAAUUCGGCCCAUUAGAUGGAUCAUCAAGCUCCUGGUUAUGGUUGCCUUUUAGUUAAAAGUUAGCUCCAGAUAUUUUUGAUUUUGAACCAACUUUACGAGCCGUUGUCCUUUUACUCUUUUGUAUUUUUGAGAGAUGAGUGAUAAAUGAGCUGCCAAUUACUUAUUAUGUAAUUCACAAAUCAAAUUAGUUCCUCGCUGUCUGAGGUUGAGUGCUGCAUAUUCUGAGGUUGCUUCUUUCAGUUGUUAAACUUUGUUUUCCUUCCUGAGUGGGAUUGAAAAGAUGUCAUGGCAUUAUUCAAUAAAGAAGCUGGGGAUUCUAUCCAGGAUCUUAGCUGAUAUUUAUUUCACAAUAAACAUCACUAGAAAAGAUUGUGCUCUUUGCUGAUUAUGGAUUUUUUUUCAACUGUGAUUACAGUUCUUGAUUAUGAAGCACUUUGGGGUACCCGCGAUAAAAGACAAUACAAAUGUAGCUACCAUGCUAUUACACUGACCAGUGUGUUAAAAUCCCUUUCUGUCGUUAAUGUCCCUUGUUGCACAUUGAAAUGUUUCCAUUGUGGUCCAAGUUGGUGUCUUCCAGAAAUCUAUCUACUGUAAAUGUAUUAUUUUUAAUACUUGUACCUUUUUGUUAACAGCUGACUACUUUUCCCC